CUCCCGCAACCAUGAAUCUGAUUCUCAGGAAGUCCACAAAAGGGACACUCCAGGCUGAUAUCUUCAAUCCAAUUUGCCAGAUUACAUCAAACCGUGGUUCGAGCAACGACUACACGGGGAUACAGGGGAACUUCCGCUUCCCCCCGCCGCUCGAGCGAAUGAAGGCGCUCAUUCCCGAUGUUUUCGCGGCCAUGAAUGCUUAUGUCAAAGCCGGUUGCACGGUGAGCAAUGUUCACACCAAACCGGACUGCGAU